AUGGCCGAAGAUCACGGCAUCACAGUCUCCGAACAAGACUUUGGCGCCGACACCGAAUUUCCCACAAACAUCGACGAUCAAAAUAUCUGGGAAACACAGACAACACCCGCCCAGCCCCUCGCCCGCUGGACAGAAAUGACUUUCAUCCUCAUCAUUUCGGAAAUAAAUAGCAUGUGGGUUCCCAUAUCCCGGGCUAGCUCCCACGCCGAAUCGCUCAUCGCGGACCUCAAAACACGUCUGCAUGAGCGGUACCUCCAACACGCGGAUAUGGAUAUUCCCAUCCAACGGCAAGGCGUGAUGGUCGCUCAAGUGCUAUUGUCGAAAUUGGAAGUACACAUGCGUCAGAAAUUUCUUCAGCGCCGCUCGGCUGCGGAUACAGAUCUUAAUGCUGAGGCUGCAUCGUCUCUGUUAGGCAUGGCAUGUCAUGCACUUGAGUUGGGACUGGAAAUGUAUUCGGACGAUUUACUCCGCGGAACUCGUUGGUUGACUUCGACGUAUACGCAGUUCCACCUUCUCACGUAUAUUCUUUGGCAUCUGUGCGUGUACCCGAGCGGCCCGCAUGUAACCCGAGCCUGGCGCGGUGUGAAUCGUCACUUUGAUCUUGCGGAGAAUGAUCUCUCGUGGCCGGACCCGGGACCUAAAUGGCCUGUUCUGGUCGGGUUAAGGGCGAAGGCGUACAAGAUUCGCCAGGCUCAUGUUCCGCCGGGGGUGGAGGUUAUACCUGAGUCUACUGUUAGCGUUGUUGGAACCGGUAAUGGUGAGACUGGACCAGGAAAUAUGGCUCCUACCGGAACUGGGAAUGGGACUGGGGUUGAGAAUGUAGUUCCAGUGAUGGAUGGGGGAUUUGUGCAGAGUGCGGAGGCGUUGUUUGAUAUGAAUGGGUGGGAUUUGAAUUGGGUGGAGUUUCCGGAUUGGAAUUAUUUGGCGCAGAGUCUGGCUGUUAUGGGGCAGGAGGGUGGGAAUUAUCCUGUUGGUUGA